GUUCCACACACAGAGGAGUAAAAGGCAGGGAGUGAAGGACAUUGUAUGAAGAGGGGAACCAUUUUCAUUGUUUCAUUUGAGGAAAACGAGAUGUUAUGUUGGAAACCUGCCAUGUGAUUACUAAGUAAUGAAGGACAGUGUAUAAAUCAGCUGGCUUUCUUAAUGUGACGGGCGAUCUUGAGUCCUUCACAUCAAAAUGGGCAAUGAAAGCAGCAGCCCAGAAAAUCAGGAUAUCCCUCCAGUUUCUAUUCCAGAACCAGUCCAGCCACCCAGUAAUGAGAGAGAAAUAAAAAAGAAAAGGCAGAGGAAAAAGAACAGAGAGAAAUCUGUUGAACAAGACACCUUGGAUACGCCGUCUUUAGAUUCUGAUAUUUUGUUACCAUCGCCAGAUAAGGGUUCCUCCUUAACUGCAACAGAUGCAAGAGGGAACUGGCCUUUAGUGUCUGAUUGGAAGGAAAGGGAACCCUAUCAAUCACUUCUCCCAAAUCUUCUUUUUGCUGAGCUUGAUGUAAAUGAAGACUUAAGCUCCCACGCCCCAGUCGUAAGCAGCCUUAGUAAUGAAGGCCUCUGUAGCAAUGUUGCUGAAGAAUCGCCUGGCGCAAGCAGAGUUGCAUUGUUACCACAUAUGACGGCCCUGGGGAACGUCCUCCACAAACAAGAAGAAAGAGCCACGCCUGACUUCUUGGAAUGGGCUGAAGAAGCAAAAGAUGAAAGCCAACCUGUGCCAAUGCCUUUGGUGGAAUGCACUAAAGAAUAUGCUGCAGCAUGUCUUGAAGGAAGCCUUGGGGGUUUGCCUGCCCUAGUGCCAUACCCAGCUUCUGUGAAUGACCAAGAUACAAGAGGUGUUCCUGAUAUAUAUCUGGACAGUAGCUCAGGUGCUGAGCAUCCUGCUGUGUCUCUGGCACUAAAGGAUGAGCGAGAUCCAGGUAAUCCUGGCUUGGACAUAAGUACUUUGCCAAAUGCCAGAUGGAUUCCAGGAGCUGCAAUUGCACAAACCACUUCAAGUGAAUCACACCCAUUAUGGGAGAGUGAACAGCUGAGUGACAAGAAGGAAGCACAUGAGAUCCCACUACCUAAGAGGGAAGCAGGGGGAGAGGAUUGUAUCAUUAAGGGUACCAGCCAGGCAGCAGGAGUUUUGGAAGUGGGCCAUGAGGAGCAGGCUGCCAUAAACCCAUGUGGGCAGAACACAGAUGGCACAGACAGCCUGGCAAUGAAAAAGGAAACUUUAAUUCCAAAUUAUCCCACAAUGGGAGGUUCAGACAUUGAAAAAUAUGAAGCAGCUGUUGACAGUUGGAGUUCUGAUGUGUUCAGUGCCGCCAUUCAUGAGUGUAGCAGCGAUGCAGCAACAAGCAAACAAGCAACAAGCAAAGGGUAUGACUUACCAGCUGAAGACAACACAGCAUUUGCAGAAAAAAGACCAGUUCCUAAAGUAGAGCUUACGCUUCCAGACAUAAAUGAACAGGCACCGAAUGCUGAAUGUGUUGUAUUAGGAAAAGCAGAAAUCCAGGAUGAUACAUCCCAUUCUGAAAGCCAAAAAAAUAAUCAAAUGGCUUGCAGUGAUGCUAACUGUGUGCCUGUGAUUGUUGCUGAUCAAAAUGGUGCUGUGAGUAAAAAAGAAAGCAGUGGAAGUGGACAUGAGGAAUUCAAAACAGAUAUGAAAAGUCAGGCGACUGACACUGUUUCGGCACAGAAACCCGAAAGCAAAUUCAGCUCCCCACAGCAAGUGCAGCAGGAACAAGCUACUGAAGCAAAUGACCAAAAUUUGAAAGAGGAUUAUUCUGGCAACCCAAGGAUUAUGGAGACAGGUUCCCAGCAGCUGAGCUUUGGAGACUCAGAUGAUGGCAGCAUAUGGGAUCAUAAUUAUCCACUAAAGGGCAAUGUGGGCAAAGCAUCUCUAGAAACUCCUCACAGCAAGACUAUGGAUGUGCAACAAGUGGCGGAUAGUUUGAUACCAUCUCCACAAGUGGAACUGAAAGACAGUCCAAAGUCCAUUGCCUCUGUCUGCAACAAUCAACAGCACAAUUCAAGCACAGAACUCAAAACCAUGGAUCACGACAACAUUAAAACAGCUACAAGUCCCAAUGAACAAGAGACCAAUGAAACAUCUCCUGAAAAAGAGUAUUCACUGGGGUUAAAUCAAUCCAGUGACCAUCAGGGUGUGAGUGAAAGUGAAAUGAAAAAAACUGUAGACAUUCUACACAACCCCCAAACAGCAUUUUGUGGGCUACAGAUGGGAAAUGAUCCCACAGCUGUCACAGAUGAAAAUGCAUCUUUACCAAGUGUUUCUGAAUCCAUAAGAGAGACUGUGCAAGGCGGCAACCUGAAAAUUCUGUUAAACCCACAGGCGGAAAAAAGUUGUCUUAACAAAGACAUCUUAAGCAAGUCCAAGCAAGAGGUCCCCAAUUCUAACUCUUUGAUUUCAGAUAGUAUUCAGGAAGGAGCAGAUCCCAGUGAUUCAUUUGCUAAAGAAUAUGAAAUGAACAAGCAGUUGGGUGGUUUAUGUGGGCAGGCAGGCAAUAUAGGUAAAAACAACAUUGGUGCUACAGAAUGCAUUCCAAUGGUACAGAAAACAGUCACUGCUGAUGCAGAACAGCUACAGACACUGCUAGUGGAUUUUAAAGUACCUUGUGCAGAUAAUGAUUUUAAGAGCAACAGGACUGAUCUUACCCAGUCAUCUAAAGUAAUGGAGUUGGCAGGAAAAGGUUCAGAUCCAGAAAUUAAAGAGAACCUGCCUUUGCUGGAUAAAAUCAGUCUAGAAGACGGACUUGAAAAAAUAAGUGAUGAAAGGGACUUAACUGUCAUAGCUGCUGAAAAGGCAGGAACACAGGAAUAUCCUCCUGCAUCACCUGAACUUACAGAAAUUGCUUCCGUCAAUUUUUUAUAUAAAACAGACAGUAUUCAAACGGUUGAUUUUCUGCCUGCUGGUGCUCAAACAGACUUAAUAGCUACAUCAGCAUUUUCUUGUGAUCAGAACGCCAAAGAGAGCCAGCAACCUACAAACUGCAUAAAUCAUGACAGAGUGGAUGAAUUAGAAAAAGAACGUAGGGCAUGCCAAAAUGUCUUGGGUACCAGUCCUGAUUUUCAGAUUGCCGUUGCACCUGCUACAACCUUACACUUAGAAGGUACUUCAGCAGAGAACAGACCAACAGAUCAAAGGAGGCCUGAAGUACUACAUUCACCCAAUAUUCUUAUGGGGAGAGUCCCAGGGAAGGACUCUAUGAUUCCUAACCAAAGUUUCAUUUCAGAAGAGACUGUCUCAACCUUCCAAGACUCUUCCAAGACCAGGCAGUUUGAAGGCAGUUUGUCACUGUUUAAUUUCAAGAAGCUGCAGGCCGACAUUGCAGCAAUUAAAACGAAAGGAGCAGAAUGUGAUGUAAGCUUCAAAGCCCAGGAGUUUGACAGCUCGGGAGAAUCUCUCCUCAGCCUUUCAAGCUUAGAAGAGCGGCUGCUGAGCCUUUCAUCUCUUGGUAAGCAAGCAGGCUGCAAUGAGGGUGUUCCAACAAAUAUCACCUGCGUAGAUGACAAGCACAGUAAUAUUGUGGACAACACAGGAGAAAAUGCAGAAAGAAAUGAGUCUAUUUUUGUAGAGAAUUUCAACAGCCCCACAAUGGAAACAGAGACUCCCAUGCAGUCUGCAGAGACCUCUGAAAAAGAGCAGGAUGCUCCGACUUCUAGGGCCUUUGGCAUCGGCUUUUUUGAUUUUAGGGAGCAAAUUAGCAAAAUAUUUGAGAAGACGGUUGGCAGCGCUGUGACUAUGGGGUUACCCCACCUUUCAGCUGAAUGCAGUGCUGGUGACAAGGAGGACAGCCCAGCAGCUAAAGAAGUGCUAGAGUUUAAGCAAGUAUCAAAAGAAGUAGAUGAAAGCAAUGAGAAUAGAGAACCAGAGAGUGAUUGGAAAACCAAAGGAUGUUUGUUGCCUUUAGAGGCUGGGGUUUUCAACCAAGUUCCUAAAGAAAAGAAGGAAGAACCUUCAACAUACACAAAAGAAUAUUGUUUGCCAGAUGCCUUUUCAGAAAAAAUCCCUGACAAAGAUUCUUCACUGAAACCAAACUCAUUGAUAAGUUCACCAAAGUUUGACAACCAAGUGGAAAGCUCAAGCAAUACAAAGAUGAAGGCAGAGGAAAGUGAAAGUGUUGUAUGCAGUGACAUUGAUGGGAAUCAGGUGAACCUGGAAACAGGAAAUCUGCUCCUUGCAAAUUCUUGUAGCCCGGAAAUGGAGGAUCUACCACUUCCUCCUCCUGUCAGUGGCCUGUCUGUGAUGAUUGCUGCCUCUUCAGAAGUCAUUACUAAGAGUGAUCUUGGCAGAACCAUCACUGCAAAUGCAGAGGAAAGUAAUUUAAUUAGUCUGUGUAAUGCAGAACCUGGUUUAUUUAAAGAAGAGCUAAUACAUUAUGGAAACCAGUGCCAUGACCCAAUCCCAAGUGAAGACAAGGGAAACAAGGAAGGCAUCAUUGAUCUAGGUAAUAUGUCAACAUUGCCAUCUCUUCUAGAUGAUCUUUAUGUACAAAAAGAACAACAGGCUCAGUCUGGGGUGUUGCCUGGUACAAAUCAGAAGGAAUCUACCUGCGGCAAUCUUUUGGGUGAAAAUACAGUUGAGGACAAAGCAUGCGUGAUGCAGGAUGCCACGGACAGUACAAAAUGCCUGCGGAAGUCAGUUGGUGCUGAAGAGCAACAGCAAGGACAAGAUGCAACAAUACAUGGACUAAUAGAUGACUUUAAAAAUGAAGUAAAUCUUGAUGAUGGUUCAUCAGGUGACUGCAAAGCAAAACCCAGCAGUGUGAUUGUGGGGUGUGUGGCAGAAAUAAAUGACACCAUGUCGAAUACAGCAGAAAGAGAAGCACAUAUUUUUGUUGACACCCUUAAAACAGGUAUUACCAGCAUAUUUUUCACUGAUGAGGGUGACUCAGUUUUGCAAUCUAACAUAUGCAAUCAAGAGACUGAUGCAAAAAAGCAUCCAGAAGCUGUUCAAGUGAUGGAGAAAAAUGUGUGUACAGAUGGUGACGUUGCCUCUGUCAGUCAGUGCAGAGAAGAGAAUUUGGCACAUGAGAAGCCCCUUCAGGAUGUCCAGGAAGAAGGAGCAAUCACUUCACUCACUGAAUCUGGGCAAAGCCUCCCUGGAGAAUGUCAAGACGUGGCCAUGGAAGCAUUACCUGUUGAAAGCAAUUUUCCUGAGCUCUGUCACUCUCUCCUUGCUGCACCUGAGAAGGACACUAUAGUGGUCAUAGCCAAAGACACCUCAGAUGAGUCAAGAGAAGGCAUCAGAGUAGAAAGUGCUUCUAUUUCUGGUGAUGCCAUAACAUUGGUGUCAGAUGUGGAUCUAUCCGAAGAACUGCUAACCACUGUUAUCUCAGAUGGACACGGCACUGCUCUGGAGUCUGCUGAUCUGACUGCAACAAGCAUUUCCCAGCCUGGUUGCCAAGAGACUGAUAGCACCAUCACAUCUGUUUCUGACCUAAGAUCCUUGAUUCCUGACCCAACUACAAAUGUAGAAAAACCUGCCAAAGAGAGUAGAAGAUUACCAGAAGAAAUCAAGAGGAGUUCAGACUCUGAAGAAGCAUUUGAGACACCAGAAUCUACAACUCCUGUGAAGGCUGUACCUCCACUACCACAGCCACCAGCUGAAGUUGCAGUGUUUGACGUAGAGGAACAGGAAGUAAGACCACCUCUUCCAUCCGAGGACACAGGAUUUUGUUCUGACACAGUAUCAGUAACUGAUGUUUCACAUAGUGAAUCAAUCGAAGAAAGCCCGUUCCACCCUCCUUCCCACUCAUUUUCUACUGUUUUUGAUGAGGACAAACCCAUUGCUAGCAGUGGGACUUACAACUUAGACUUUGAUACUAUUGAGGUUGUAGAUUCUUUGCAAGCUGCAGAUCCUAGCACUUUGGACACAAGAAGUCGUGACACCAAGUUGCAUGUUCGAAGAAAAUCCACAGACUCUGUUCCAAUUUCCAGAUCGACUUUGUCUCGGUCCCUUAGCUUGCAAGCUGGUGAUUUUGAUGGAUCAGCUUUUCUUGGUAAUAACGAGACAGCAGUUUCAGCAACAGACACAUUUGGUACUGGCUCAAGCAGUGCUUCCAGUACUCUUAAACGCACAAAGAAACCUAGGCCAGCUUCCUUAAAGAAAAAACAGUUGACCAAAAAAUCUCCAGAUGUUCCACCAGUGAAAGAGCCAGAAUCAUCUGACAUCGGACAAGAUCCUGCUGCCUCAAGUGAAGAAAAGGUGUCUGAAGAGAGGUUGGGACACACAGAACUUGAAUGCACUGAUCCUGCCCAAAGUGCUGUCGAAAAAGAGGAGCCCGCUGCUGGUUCGGUGGAAGUCUGUCCAUUUGACCUAAAUAACUUGGAAGAUAUUAGCACAUUUGGUGCUGGAGUACAGGACUCUCCCCCUGCUAGCAAGAAAGGCCUCCCUCUUACGACAGCACCAGAAGCCGUGGAAGUGACUCCAUCAGACACUGGGGGACAGGAAGAUCCUCCAGUGAAAGGCUUGGCAGUGAGGCUGGAAUUUGAUUAUUCUGAGGAAAAAGGCACUGGCGAAGAGCAACAAGAAAGCUCCCCUGUGCCCAAAAAAGUGGGCAAAAAGCCUGGUGCCAAAAUGCCACUCAGGAGGCCAAAGACUAAAAAGACUGGGGAGAAACCUGACAAUGCUCCCACCACCCCAACCAAGGCCCCUCCUAAUCCAAAUGAGAUCUCUGUUCCCAAAGGCUCUUAUACGUUUGAUAUUGACAAAUGGGAUGACCCCAACUUCAACCCAUUUUCUUCCACUUGCAAAAUGCAGGAGUCUCCUAAAUCGCCUCAGCAAGGAACUGCAGCUUACAGCUUUGAUCCAGACAUGUGUGACGACUCUGUUGACCCUUUCAAGCCAUCCUUGAAGGUAGCCAGCUCUCCCACAAAAUCUCCAGCUUCCUUUGAGAUACCGACUAAUGUCAGUGAAGUCAAUGGAACAGAAGGAGACAGUCUAAAUAAACCGGCAAAAAAGAAGAAGACCCCACUCAAGACUGAUACUUUUAGGGUGAAAAAGUCACCAAAAAGGUCUCCAUUGUCUGAUGCACCUUCACAGGAGUCCACAACACUGCCUACUGCCGAAACGCCCUCUGUUGUAUCCAUGGUAGUUCAUGCAACCGAUGAGGAGAAACUGGCCUCUUCAGUGGGCAACCAGAAAUGGACUUGUAUGACUGUGGAUCUAGAUUCAGACAAGCAGGAUUACCCUCAGCCAUCGGAUCUGUCAACUUUUGUUAAUGAAACUAAGUUCAACUCUCCUACAGAAGAUCUAGAGUAUGGCAAUUCAUAUGAAAUAGAAUAUAUGGAGAAGAUCGGCUCCUCUGUACCUCAGGAUGAUGGUGUCCAGACAAAGCAAUCUUUGUACCUUAUGUUCGAUGCACAGCAGGAGAGUCCAGUCAAGUCUCCUUUGGUCCGAUUAUCAGAUUCUACAACUCCUUGUUCUGGAUCUAGCUUGGAAGAAACGGAAGCCCAGUUGUCCUCUGGAAUGAAAUUGCAACAUCCAGCUUCACGAUCACUGGCUGCUAGCCAAGAGACAUCAAUACAGCCACCUGACAAAUCAAAAACAAAAGAAUUGGAGCCUAUGACCUUAGGAACCACUUCAAACAACAUUGAAGUAACGGCACCUGAGGACCCCUUUGUCUCUGCCGAUGCCCUCCUCAGUAGGAUAUCUCAUCCACCUUCAGUGUGUGAUCAGCUUCAAUAUCUAGAGCCUGACCUAGCAGAAAAGAACCCCCCAAUAUUUGCUCAGAAACUUCAGGAGGAGUUAGAGUUUGCUGCAAUGAGGAUAGAAGCCCUGAAGCUAGCCAGACAAAUUACCCUGUCUUCUUUCAGCUCCUUAGAUACUGAGAGAGACCCUGCAGUCUCGGCUGAUGUUUCCAUCUGUAAAAGUGCACUGUACUCCCGGAUAACCAGCUCAGAGGGAGAAAAUACCUCUGGUUUGCUUUACCAGCAGCAAGACUUGGAUUCCGCCUUGAGAGUUGCCAGAGAGGAGAUUAUAGCUAAAGAAAGAGAGGUGUCAGAAUGGAAUGAGAAAUAUGAAGAGAGCAGGAGGGAAGUCAUGGAAAUGCGGAAAAUUGUUUCAGAGUAUGAGAAGACAAUUGCUCAGAUGAUAGAGGAUGAGCAGAGAGAAAAAUCCAUGUCCCAUCACACAGUCCAGCAGCUGAUUAUAGAAAAAGAGCAAGCAUUGGCAGAUCUGAACUCCGUGGAAAAAUCGCUAGCAGAUCUCUUUAGAAGAUAUGAAAAAAUGAAAGAAGUUCUUGAAGGAUUUAGGAAGAAUGAAGAAGUAUUAAAGAAAUGCGCACAAGAAUAUUUAUCACGAGUAAAAAAAGAAGAACAGCGAUACCAAGCCCUCAAAAUUCAUGCUGAGGAAAAACUGGACAGAGCCAAUGCUGAAAUUGCACAAGUCCGUGGGAAAGCUCAGCAAGAACAAGCAGCUUACCAAGCCAGUCUCCGUAAAGAGCAGCUGAAGGUGGAUGCAUUGGAAAGAACACUGGAACAAAAGAAUAAAGAAAUAGAAGAAUUGACAAAGAUUUGUGAUGAACUGAUUGCCAAAAUGGGGAAAAGCUAACUUUUAACCAAAAUCCUGGAUUUCAACCUUGAGUGCAAUAUGAUCAUUGGCACACUGAUGUCCACACAUUGAUGUGAACAGAAUCUAUUUUCACUUUUUUGUAUGCACUACUGUAUUUUUCUUUCUUAAUAAUGUUGAUUUGAUUGUAUGCAGUACUAAGAAAACUAUCAGAUUCCUUGCUAUUGUUUGCAGUUUUUUCCGUAGAAUAAUUCAUAGCAAGUUGAUCUCAAAAAGUUCCUGUAUCAGGGAGAUUUGUCAAAUUCUUUAAUAAAUUACAAUUGAUCGUCCUAGCUUUCCCUUCGUACAUGAGUUCCCAUGUUGGAUGUCUUUUUCUUUUCUUUUUUAUUUAAUAUAAAUGUGUAUUACUUGCAUGGGGACUCUUGCCUUAAGGAGUGUAAAUUUGAUCUGCAUUUGCUGAUUUGUAAAAUAAAAAGAAAACUUGAAAAAUGAA